CUGAUAUCGUUUUUAAAUUUAAUAAGUAUUGCAAUUGUUUACUGUGAAACCGCCAAAUUAAAAUAUUACGUUACGUCAUAACCGGUGCGGUUCGUUUGUCGGCUUUCGGCAAAAUAUAAAGAGCGCCGACACUUUGACCGGCCGCCUUUCUUCAUUUAUUACUGUGAUCGUUCCAAUCUUAACUUGCGUAUCGUUAGUUGAUUGUGAAAUUAAAAUUGUUAGAUUAUGGAUAAAGAUAAAGAUAAUGAUGUGAUAAGGAAGCUAUUAGAGCUCUCAGAAAAAACCGGUUAUAACAUCUUUCAGCAAAAUGGACAGCGCAAGUUUGGACCACCGCCAGACUGGACCGGACCUCCACCACCAAAAGGCUGUGAAGUCUUCAUAGGAAGGCUUCCAAGAGAAAUAUUCGAGGAUGAGCUGGUCCCGAUUUUCUCUAAGGCUGGAAAAAUCUACGAGAUGAGACUAAUGAUGGAUUUCUCCGGCUCUAACCGCGGAUACGCUUUCGUUACCUACUGCACAAAAGCGGAGGCGUUUAAAGCAGUCAAAGACCUCAACAGUUACGAGAUAAGAGCCGGCAGACACAUCGGCGUCGUAAAAUCCGUAGAUAAUUGUCGUCUUUUUGUUGGCGGUAUACCGAAAACUAAAACCAGAGAAGAAAUUCUGGAAGAGUUAACACAAAGAGUGUCGGGAAUUGUUGAUGUAAUACUAUACAAAAAUUGCUUCAAUAAACAGAUUAGUCGAGGAUUCGCUUUCGUGGAGUUUACAUCUCAUCGCGCCGCGGCGAUGGCAAGACGAGCUCUUGUGCCGGGCGUCAAAAUAUGGGACCACGAGCUGAUGGUAGACUGGGCUGAGCCUGAACCCGAUGUCGAUGAUGAACAAAUGAAAAAGGUGAAAGUGCUUUACGUUCGUAACUUCUCGGUCAGGACAUUGGCAGACAACAUUAGAUCUGUUUUUGAGAAAGCUGUAAGUAAAAAAAUAGAGCGUGUAAAAAAAUUUUAUGACUAUGCUUUUAUACAUUUCUAUGAGCGAGAGCAUGCCGAACUGGCUAUGGCGAAAUUACAAAAUGCUGAAAUUGAUGGCAGUAACAUAGAGAUACGUUGGGCAAAACCUGUAGAUAGAGAGCUUUAUAGAAUUCAGAAAAUGAGUAAAGGCAAUGCGAAGUUUAAUAGCAGCCUUGAUUGGACUCAAACUCUAUUACUUUAUAAACAGCAUUUGGAGAAAAAGGAAUACGAAAAGUCUUCAAGAGAUGAUGGCAUCAGCUCUGUGUGUGCUGGUGAGUCCAUAUCCGGGUCUUCAACAAAUUGGGGGACAUCUUUUCAAAAUUCAGCACAACCCUAUACAAAGGAUAACUACAUGGUGGCUCCAGCAAAACUUGAUGCUAUGUGUAAAAGAUAUAAUUGGGCAUCACCAGUCUAUGACUACCAGAAAUAUUUGGGACCUUCUGGUGCUGAUGUGUGGGUGGGCCGUGUGAGUUUACCUUAUGUUGGUCUGCCUCUACUAACAACACCUCAGCGCCUGGGACCUUUGACAGCACGACCAUGUUUCUCUUUGCAACAGGCUCAAGUAGAGGCAGCUGAAAUGGCUCUCCAUUACAUCAAGGUGCUCAGAGGCGAGGCCAUGCAGCAGGCCACAGUCACACCUACACCAAUAGCUAUGCAGCAAUCCACUAUUACACCUGUGCAAUCAGUCUACCAGCCUGUGGUACAGUCGCUACCAACCUGUGCAGGCCUGCAGUACAACUAUAUUAAUUCUUCAAUAUAUCCUCGCACCCAACCAACGAUUCCUGUGACAGUGCCAGUCUGGCGUACAGUUUGAACAUGUUUAUUUUUUUUGUUUGACUUUAGGCUUAAGUUCAUGAAAUUGCUGCUUUAUUUUUGAUGGAAUAAAGUAGAAUUUCAUUCGCGUUUAUAGUAACUGAAUUAAAUAUUAGUAUGUAACAAGAACAAUUUGACCAAUUAUAUGCAUUGGUGUAUCGUUUUGUUUUCAGAGUUUUACGCGACUGUUUAUUUUUUGUGACUUAUCUAGUUGCAGUGUUGGACUUGUUAUAAAUUUUUUCUCAUUCGACUAAGACUUA